UUCUUUUGUUUCAUUGGUCUGUGUGCUGAUUGUUCCCCCAGGUGUUUCUCAUUUCCCUCUGUAUUUAACCCCAGUGUUUGCCUUGUCUGAGGUCGGUGAUUGUUUACUAUAUGUUAGUGUAAUGCUCUGUUCGCUCUGUUCACCUGUGCCUGUUUUUGGAUUAUGCGUUGUACCUGUUUGUUUGCAUUUACUUUUAUUAAAUAUACUGCACUUGGAUCCUCUGCUUCUGACUGCUUAAUGCACCAGCAUUACAGAAUCACCGACCACUAUGGAUCCAGCAGAGAUAUUGUUUCGUUUGCACCAGGAAGACAGCUCCAUUGAAGAGUAUGUAGACAUUUUUCUAAGCCUGUGUAACCAGGUGGAUUUUGGAGAGGUAGCUUUAAAGGACAUUUUCCGCCAUGGACUAGAGGACAAUUUACAUUAUUUGAUGCCCUAUGGCCGUGAAGUGGGGUCCUUCACUGAGUUUGUAAACUUGGCAUUGCUGUUGAGCGGGUCCUCUCUCACCGUGAGUAGGGUAGAGGUGAACGCCGCUUCUAAAUAUUUUUUGGGGGGGGGCAGUAGGCAUCAGGCUCCGUGGGCUGAGGAGCCAGAUCAGCCACGGAUGCCUGAAUGCUCUGCGGUAACUCUGUCCAGUCCUGUCCUUAGUAUGCCUGCUCCCGAGCCAGUCCACGAGAUGACUUCCGUCGUGCUUGAGCCUGUGCAUGCGUCGUUAGGUGAUCCGGUUCAUCCCGUGAGGACCCGGGUUGGCUGUUUGAUCUCCAGUUUGGCAGAAACCCAGCUGAUGACCGUCCGAGCGGCCAGGAUCUCUGGAUCGCUCAUUUCCUCGAACGAAGCAGAGCCGAGUGAAUCAUCAGAGCCGAGUGAAUCAUCAGAGCCGAGUGAAUCAUCAGAGCCGAGUGAAUCAUCUGAGCCGAGUGAAUCAUCUGAGCCGAGUGAAUCAUCAGAGCCGAGUGAAUCAUCAGAGCCGAGUGAAUCAUCAGAGCCGAGUGAAUCAUCAGAGCCGAGUGAAUCAUCAGAGCCGAGUGAAUCAUCAGAGCCGAGUGAAUCAUCAGAGCCGAGUGAAUCAUCAGAGCCGAGUGAAUCAUCAGAGCCGAGUGAAUCAUCUUGGUGUGAGCCAUUUUCAAGUGAGGCAUUUCUGAGUGAUUCUUUAAUAAUUAGUGAUUCUGUGGAACUGUUUGAGACCUCAGAAAUAAUCAGACUGUCUGUACCACUUGAACUAGCCAAGUCUUCUGCGUUUUAUGAACUUGAUAAGCUCUAUGAAUCAUCUAUGGUUGCUCUGGCAUUGUGCUGUGUGUGGUCUGUUUUUUGCACAUCUGCUCCACAGGACAUCACUCAAACUCACAAGCGUGAGUCUCCUGAACAUCCACUCAUGGUUCACUCUGAACUGUCUGUCCCGUCUGAAAUGGCCAGUUUUGAACUCUGUGGCGGUCUCAAGAUGGCUGUCCCCGAGCUUGAUGAACUCUCUGCCUGGCACCACUGGCCCCGAGUUCCCCCAGCACCAUCAUGGGUUGUGACUCCUCCCUGGUCCUGGCUCCCUGCUCUGCCGGCUCCGCCCUGGCUCCCUGCUCUGCCGGCUCCGCCCUGGCUCCCUGCUCUGCCGGCUCCGCCCUGGCUCCCUGCUCUGCCGGCUCCGCCCUGGCUCCCUGCUCUGCCGGCUCCGCCCUGGCUCCCUGCUCUGCCGGCUCCGCCCUGGCUCCCUGCUCUGCCGGCUCCGCCCUGGCUCCCUGCUCUGCCGGCUCCGCCCUGGCUCCCUGCUCUGCCGGCUCCGCCCUGGCUCCCUGCUCUGCCGGCUCCGCCCUGGCUCCCUGCUCUGCCGGCUCCGCCCUUGCUCCCUGCUCUCCUGGCACCGCCCUGGCUCCAGCCUCCGCCUGCGGCACCGCCCUGGCUCCAGCCUCCGCCCGCAGCACCGCCCUGGCUCCAGCCUCCGCCAGCGGCACCGCCCUGGCUCCAGCCUCCGCCCGCGGCUCCUCCCUGGCUCCAGCCUCUGCCCGUGGCUCCGCCCUGGCUCCAGCCUCCGCCCACGGCUCCGCCCUGGCUCCAGCCUCCGCCCGCGGCUCCUCCCUAUCUCCAGCCUCCGCCCGUGGCUCCGUCCUGGCUCCAGCCUCCGCCCGCGGCUCCUCCCUAUCUCCAGCCUCUGCCCGUGGCUCCGUCCUGGCUCCAGCCUCCGCCCACGGCUCCGCCCUGGCUCCAGCCUCCGCCCAUGGCUCCGCCCUGGCUGGUUUCAUGGACCUGGACUUUAUUGUGGACUCUCGGCGAGCGUCUAGAAGCCGCUCUUAGGGGUGGGGCUAUGUUAUGA